CAUCUCGAACAUACUACCGCAGAUUCCCCGACAACCACCACCUCGCCAUCAUGGGUCGCGUUCGCACGAAGACCGUCAAGCGGUCCGCCAAGGUCGUUAUUGAGCGCUACUACCCCAAGCUCACUCUGGACUUCGAGGUCAACAAGAAGGUCUGCGAUGAGGUCGCCAUUAUCGCCAGCAAGCGCCUGCGCAACAAGAUUGCCGGUUACACCACGCACCUGAUGCGCCGUAUCCAGCGUGGCCCCGUCCGCGGUAUCUCCUUCAAGCUUCAGGAGGAGGAGCGUGAGCGCAAGGAUCAGUACAUCCCCGAGAUCUCCGCUCUCGACUUCACCCAGAACAGCGAGACCGGCAAGCUCGAUGUUGAUCAGGACACCAAGGAUCUCCUGAAGAGCAUUGGCUUCGACUCCAUCCCCGUCAACAUCCAGGCUGUUUCCCAGCAGCAGGUUGCCGACCGCCCCCGCCGUUUCGGCCGCUAAAUUUGCACGUGAGUGCGCGUGGCAGAUGGAGCGAUGAUGGUUAGCAAAUGAUUGGGUGGGAUUUGGAAUGGAGGAAAACAGCGAGGUGGUGAUCUUCCUUUUCUAUGAUGGGUAAUGGCGUCCAAGAUUUCAGCAUAUGUUUGCUCGCGGAGGUAGAAUUAGGACAUAUCUUGAGCCAUGAAAAUGAAACGCCAGUCCUUCUCCGCAGCCGAUGAAUAGCCCCGUCUUUCAAGCCGUAUCCGGGAGGCAUGUGCGUGGACGUCUCCUUUAUGUGGAAGAACUGUCCGACAAACCGGCACCUAUCAUGGACUCUCAGCUGUUGUCUCGCGACUGACGAUGGUCUAUUCACGGGGUUGAGCCAAAUAGUACGAUCUCUGGCUCCGUCGAGGAAUAUCCAACCCGCUGGAUCUCUCCAUGUCAUGAAUACAUUUACGAUGACAACCUAUGGUGUCUUGUCUCCUCCACUUUGCAACCAUGUCUGCUCGUAUCCAUGUAGAGGAUGCUAUCGGACUUGGCUUAUCCAUCGUAGCUAGCAUAUCAACGGGAGCAAUACAGCAUUCCAGACAGUCGAUACCUAGAAACUGAGGCAUCAGUAUGGUUUUUGCCCUAUCAUCUAACCACUUCGGGUUAGUGUAUCUAUGGCUUUAAUGUGCGAUUAUGUCAUCUCGUUCAAGGGCGGUGAAGCCAACACG